AUGCCUCUGAUAGUCAGUAAUGGGAGAGUUGCUCUCCUGAGCAGUGUGAACUCCAGCUCCCUGCAUGCUGUUGACAGGCCAGUGGGCAUGGCGGAGGCAAGACUGGCAGCUAAACGGGCAGCCCGGGCAGAAGCUCGAGAAAUCCGUAUGAAGGAAUUGGAGAGGCAACAAAAAGAGAUAUAUCAGGCGCAAAAGAAAUACUAUGGGCUGGACAACAAAUGGGGCCAUAUUGAACAGUGGAUGGAGGACAGUGAGCGGUAUUCCCGCCACUCUAGGAGACAUACUUCGAUAUCAGAUGAUGAGGAGCGGAUGUCUGUUGGCAGUCGGGGGAGUUUGAGGGGUAACCACACAGAUCUCUGCAGCAGCACCAGCAGUCUGCCUUCAGCCAGACUACAAAAUGGACGGCCCUCUGCGCUUUUUAGUGAACCCCCCCGUUCAAGAAGUCACAGGGGGUCACUGCAUGAAGAGAGUUCAUUCUCUGGCCCUAGGCGUUUCAGUGGCUCCAGCUCUAGAGGCCCUUCAGACUACAAUGGCUUUUUGGGCUCCAGUUCCAGGGCUUCAUCUAGGGCAAGUUCAGCCCGUGCCAGUCCAGUGGUGGAGGAAAGGUCAGAUUUCCUGGAAAAGGGUUCCAGGACAGCCUCCACCCUCUCGGCUGCCACUCUUGCAUCUCUGGGUGGAGGGUUAUCACGAAGAGGAAGCUGUGAUACCUCGCUUUCAGCUGACACUGAGGCUUCCAUACGGGAAAUGAAGGAUUCUCUGGUAGAGGUAGAGGAGAAGUACCGUAAGGCCAUGGUGUCCAACGCUCAGCUGGACAAUGAGAAGACAAACCUGAUGUAUCAGGUGGACACACUGAGAGACACUCUGAUGGAGUUGGAGGAACUUCUGUGUGAGACACGCAGAGAGAGAGAGGAAAAAAACAGGGAGUGCGAGCGAGAACGUCAUGCCCACAAUAUCCUAAAGAUCCAGUUUGAGGAGAUGAAGGAAACACUGAAGCAGAGUGAAGAGUUGUUGACGGAAUCCCAACAGUCUCGCGGGAAGCAGGCGGAUUACAUUAGAGAGAUCUCUGACCUACAAGAAACAUUGGAAUGGAAAGAUAAAAAGAUUCUGGCCUUAGAGAGGCAGAAGGAAUAUUCAGACAUUAUCCAUGAUGAACGGGAGGCACUCAGUGAUGAGGUUUGCCGGCUUAAGGAUGCUCUAAAGAAACAUGGCAUUGUGCUGGGAUCUGAGGUGACGGCCAAUGGGCAGACAGCAGACGGGGCGAUCGAUGGGCGUGCUGGUUCGGAAACAGCUUCCCGAUUGAAUCAAGACUCUCACACGCCCCUCAUGACUGGAGACAGCAUGUUAGAGAUCAGAUUAAGGAAGCUGGUGGAAGAGAGAGAGAGUUUGCUCGACCAGGUACGGAAGCUUAAAGCCACUGCAGAGCAGAAACAGAAGAAUGGGACAGAAGAAAUGGGAAGCACUGAUGAGGAUGACCUUCAGAAUGGUCUGGACCCUCAUAUCCUAGAUCUGCAGAGAGAUGCUAACAGGCAGAUAAGUGACCUGAAAUUCAAGUUGGUCAAGUCUGUGCAAGAAGUAACAGCACUUGAACAAAAUAUAAUUCGGCUGGAGGGUCAGGUGGGCCGCUAUAAGAUGUCUGCUGAGGCUGCGGAGAAAGUGGAAGAUGAACUAAAAGUGGAGAAACGCAAGCUACAGAGAGAGCUGAGGUCUGCCCUUGACCGUAUCGAUGAGCUGGAGGCAAGCAACAGCCACCUUACGAAGAGACUAGAGAAGAUGAAGGCCAAUCGGAGUGCCCUACUGGCACAGCAGUGACGCCCGCCUGUGUCCCACACAGAUGACUUGCCACUCAUAUAAAACUAAAAUUUCUAUCAAAAUCAGAUCAAAUUAGCUCAAUCAUAAUCUUGCUAAUUCAGACUUUGAAAAGAUAAAUAAGGCUAACAGGCAUGAACAUCAACAUUCAUUUGUUUGCUAGUAGGAUUCCAAGCGGAGGACACAUCAAAAACAAAUUCUUACUGAGGCUCAUUAAAGUGACCUUUGGUUUGGAUUAGCAGAAUUCAGGCCCUCAAUGAGCUCUCAAUGCUUUUUUGACUGUGUUACGGAUCUCUGUGUCUGCAGAGCAACAUCUAUGACAGCAUGUUACUUUAUGGUAGUAUGUUGGUUCAGAGGGACAUUGACUUAGCAGAUCAUGCACUUUAUCUCUGCAUCAGUAUUUAAGUGUGUUACUCAGAAACUGCACAAUGUACAUGGAAGUUGGAACCAUUUUGCAUAAUGAGGUAAUGGAAAUUGUGUAGUCCAGAUAUUAAAUGAAUGAAUGUAUGCUCUCAUACAGAGACAGCUGUGCAUUUUCUUGCAAUGUUUUCUGCAGACAGGAACUUAAAGGAUUAGUUCACUUUUGAAAAAACUUUU